AUGAUACCAUCAUAUCCCAAUCAUCCUCAUCACCAACUUAGCCAUCAUCAUCAACAACAGCAUCAUCAACAGCAUCAAUCCCAACAACAGCAGCAGCAACAACAACAACAACAUGGUCAUUCACUCAAGGACUUAUUCCUAACCAAGUCCAACGGCUCCCUGCCCCCACCCCCGCCCUCCCCUUCGCAACACACCGCCAACUCGAUUACUAGUCUAUUGUCCGACGACUACCCGCCACCCAGUUAUACACCUUCGAUGCGUAACCAAGCACUCUCGCCUCCAUCACACCAUCUCUCACAACUGAUAAUCAAUAGCAACAACAACAACCAUGGUCCACACAAUGACCAACAACCACAUUCACUCCGAGAUCGAUCGUCUUAUCCCAAUAUACUAUCGCCAGAGAUUCCAUCAUUGAUGUCUCCACUGUCAUCGUCGUCGUCCACCACCUCCUCGAUCUUCUCCACACCACAAUACCUGUCGACCAACACCACUCCCAACUUCAGCUCGACCGACAGCUCGAAGCAUUUCAUUGGCCAGUCAUCAUCAAACUCAUUCCAACUCAACAACAACAAUAACAACAAUAAUAACAACAACAAUGCACUGUGUAAGCCCAUGACACCAUCAUCAUCAAAUGGCUUGAGCAAGAGCGCUAUACUACCACAUCACGGCGGCGGACAAUACCAUCACCAGCAACAACAUCACCACCAACAACAUCCACACCAGCAACACCAACAUCACCAUCACAAGAGCAUGUCACCGCCACCAUCCGAAUACCUGUCCAUUCACGAGGAGCAAUUCUCGUCGCCCACAACUGAAUCGCCUGCCACUUCUCCAGACAUGUUCAGUGUUAACCCCCUCUCGAGAAGUUGUCCCUCCACGCCCCUGGUCAAGGGCGCCUCCAAGUUGUCCCCACCAAUGACACCACAGAUUGGAAGCAGUGUGGCCAUAUCAGUACCAUCUGGCGGCAAGUCCGAGCCACGGUGCCAACUGACAUACUGCAAGAUGUGUCGGGAGGGCAGCCCACCUAUUCUGAUCAAGAACCCGACAUGGGCCAUCAUCAUGCGGGUUGUCUUCUACUCACUCAAGGCCAACCAACCGAGCAAGGAGUUCUUCAAUCUCAAGACCGAGGUGUACGGUUUCAUGAUGUCACAUUGGGAGCGACUGUGUAUCAACCGGAAACGAUCGGACAACUGGAAGAAGCAAAUCCAGGACAUGUUGAGCCACAGCAAGGACCUGUUCGAGUCUGGCAUGGAACACUUCCGUCAGAAUGGCUUCUGGAAACUGAAACAAAGUGAUGAUCCAUGGGCCAUGCAAAAGAAGAAGGUAGUACGCAAGAGCUCCAUCAGUCAGCCCCCUGGCACUUUGCUCCCUGGUAUCUCUGGCGCAGGCUCUGGCACCGGUGCUGGUGCUGGUUCAGGCUCUGGAGGCAAUUCCAGUGCGAGUGGAGAGAAGAGGAAGCGCUCCAAAGAUGAUGAAGAUGACAAGUUUAAAAAGAAUGGCCAGAACUACCAGAAGGAGAAGGAGAAGCUCAUUGAGGAGCUUAACGAGCUAAAGAUGCAAUUGAAGAACGUAAAGUUGAGCGUUGAGGGCUUUAAGAGUGACAUGGAGAAGGGUAUCGUCAAGAACUUCAUGAGCGGAGACUUAUCAGAGGAUCUGCGCGAGUCUAUGAGUGAUAUGUUGUCCACGCCACUCCAAAGAAAGAUACUGCUCAAAGAUACGUUCAUCAAUGAGAUCCAAGCACUGGAGGACAAUGUAAAGCAAAGUACCCAGCAGCAGCGUGGUGUGCAGGCCAAUACCACGACUACCACCAACAACCAUCAAUACAACAACCAACAGCAUCAGUUGCUACAGAGCCAGACCCAGAACAAGUCACUGUCACUGGUGACACCCACCCGAUCCCCUCCAUCAUUGUCGGGAUCGCUGUCCAAUGUAUCAUUCCUCUCCUCAACGUCAUCGUCCAACAACUCUGCUUUGCUACCAACUCCACCGCCACCAUCCUCAAUGUCCACAGGAAGUGGCAAUGGCGGCGGUAACUCGACGACCACCACUCCAAACGUAGUGUCCCAGCAACAAAUGGAGCUAAACAACAUCAACAACAACAACAACAACAAUAGUCGCAUGUCAAUCAACAGUAUCCUCCAUUGA